ACUCGCCUCUCCAUAUGCGUAUCUCUUCCUCCCGUAUGUGAGAUAUUGUUGACCAACACAUGCGAUCUCUCUUUUACCCCCACUCCUGGUUUAUUAGCCACAUUUAAAGCAUCAAGCGAUGACAUAGGAUCUGGGCUUCUAUGGGACUUCUGUUCUGAAUUCUUUGGAAAAUGUACUGAGUGAAAACGGACAACAGGAGGAAGGUUGUCACGUUCCUCUAUCUGACGUGCGACCGUUAGCGCCGGAGAUUACGAAUGUCAUUAGCGAGUGGGACCUUUAUCAUCCCCGCCGGCUAUCCCGAGCUCAGACUCGGUCGCAGCGGCUGUCAGUCGCUCUCAGUUAUUCUGCGUUACUGCGCAUUGCUGUCCGUUGUUGUGCGUUGCUGUGCGUUGCUGUGCGUUGCUGUGCGUUGCUGUCUGUCAAAACGAACUACUUCUGACGUACUACAAAUUAAUGGUAAAGUGGAAAUGUCCAGUUACGCAGAUAUUGUACAAAGAGCACGUGACGCAUUUUACAGUGGCAAAACGCGACCGUUAGAAUGGAGAAUUGCACAAUUGAAACAAUUUCAACGAAUGAUAGAGGAGAAUACAGCCGAGAUCCAUGCCGCACUUGCAGCGGACUUGCGCAGGUCCAAGUUUGAAAGCACAGUCCUAGAAACAUCGUACACUAUAAAUGAUAUUAAACAUAUGCUUAUGAAUAUAAGGGAAUGGGCUGCACCUGAAAAGCCAGCUAAAGCUAUUGUUAAUAUAUUGGAUUCCGUUGAAGUAUAUAAAGAUCCUUAUGGUGUGGUCCUUGUAAUUGGCGCUUGGAAUUACCCGUUGCAAUUGACUUUAGUUCCCAUGAUGGGUGCCGUAGCUGCUGGCAACUGUGUCAUUGUGAAACCAUCAGAAGUAUCUCAAGCUACUUCGAAACUCCUGGCUGAAAUUAUUCCUAAGUAUCUGGACACUGAAUGUUACCAUGUGGUUACUGGCGGUAUACCCGAAACUACAGAAAUCCUGAAACAAAGAUUUGAUUAUAUAUUUUACACAGGCUCAACGACAGUUGGAAAAAUAGUUCGUGAUGCGGCUAAUAAAUUUCUAACGCCUGUCACUUUAGAACUGGGUGGCAAAAGUCCUGUGUACGUAGACAGUACGGCAGAUAUACAGAUUACAACGAAACGGUUGCUGUGGGGGAAGUGCAUUAAUUCUGGACAGACGUGUAUCGCACCUGACUAUGUAUUAUGUACUCCACAAGUGCAAAAUGAAAUAGUUGAAGAGGCAGCCAAAAUUUUGAAGGAGUGGUAUGGCGAUGAUAUUAAGCAGAGUCCGGAUUUAUGCCGUAUUGUAACGGACAAUCAUUACCAACGAUUGGCAAAUUAUUUAACAAAUAGCGGAAAGGUUGCUGUUGGAGGUGAUACUGAUCCUGCAGAAAAAUAUAUAGGUCCGACCAUUCUUGUCGAUGUUAAACCUACAGAUCCUAUUAUGCAGGACGAGAUUUUUGGACCAAUUUUACCUAUUGUCACAGUUAACAAUGCCUACGAAGCGAUAAAGUUUAUUAACCAACGGGAGAAGCCAUUAGCAUUGUACAUAUUUAGUAAUGAUGUUGAGGAGCAGUCUCUUAUCAUCCGAAGCACAAUUAGUGGUGGGGUCACCAUUAAUGACGUAAUGAUGCAUGCUACAGUUGACUCUUUACCUUUUGGUGGAGUUGGAUUUUCUGGAAUGGGAGCUUAUCACGGGCGAGACACUUACGACACUUUUGUACACAGGAAAGGAUGUCUCCUUAAAACGUUCAACAAAGUCGGAGAAUCGAUAUCAUCGUGUCGCUACCCUCCCUAUACCGAGAGGAAGUUAAAGUUACUGACAUCUUUGAUGGCGAAAAGGCCGGAUAUUCCGGGAAUAAAGUAUUUGCCUCAUUUAUUAAUGUUCGGCUUGGGUGUGCUUGUCACCGUUGGUUUGAAAGCCGCCUUGAAGGAAAUGGAUCAGGAGGACCAGAUGUAGGACACAUCGGUAAAAAGAGCAACGAUGUACAUCACGAAAUAUCGUCUUAAAUAUACCACUAUUUUCUGAAAUAUAUCACCAUUAUUCAAUCGCAGUCUGACUUUAGUAAAAUUCUAAGCGUCCACACUGAUAAUAAUCCACUUAAACAAUAUGUAUUAUUUUACGUUUUUUAUGAAACAUUGAUUUUGCCAGGAUGUCGCUUGUCGCAUCGACAUCUACAACAAUUAUAUCGGUGGUAAAUGUUUAAGCAUAAGUCAAACGGCCGUUACGUAAUCACAUUAAAGUAGAGCAAAGUUGUUUGAAGUGCCUUAAAUUUAAACAAAAAAUAUGCCAAGAUUUUUACCUAAUACAGAAAAGUCAAUACAUUGCCAAAGAAUUCAGAGGUUCUGUAAAAGCCUAAAUUUUCUGUUGGCACUUGGCGUUCUAAAGGUUGACUAAUAAAUCAGGAGUGGGGGUGAAAAAGGUCAUACGCGUUAGCCAACGGCACCUUAAAUAUGAAAGGAAGAGAAACGUGAAUAGAAAUGUGAGCAUUGUGAGUGAGAUAAAGAACGAACGUAGUCUGAUAUAUACAUAUAUUGCCAUAAGAAUAAGAGAGAUGAAGAGACGAUUACAGCGCAGCCAUCGGUUGGCUACCGUACUAAUAUCAAACGUCCGUAUCUUUUUAAGCUUUUAUGCAGACUUCUGAAUACUUUGGCAAUGUACUCGAGAAAUUCAAAUGUUUCUAGUAAUUGAACAGUAUUCCGGGAUCGUAUACCCUAUUAUGUACAGAAUAUCUCGUAUUGUUUAAUUAAUAUUCUAGAGGAAGAAAGGGUGAACAUUUUAAGUAAAAGUUUCUUUUGCACUUUGGGCUCAGAUUAUUAUUUAACGCAUUAUUAAUUAAAGUUAGCCGAUACCACAUCGUGGAGCCCCUCGCAAUGGUUGUACAUUUGCUCGUUAAAAGUUCAGUUUAAUUUCUUGAAGUAUUUAUUUUGGAGUACUACAUAUUUGACGAAUUUAUUAAUUAACCAUUCAAUGAAUUAAUCAGCGAAUUGAGUAAUUCGCAGGGCAAUUAAUGAAUCAAUCAGUAAUUGAUUAAUUAAUGAUCCAUCAAUCAGUAAUUGAUUAAUUAAUGAUCCAUCAAUCAAUUUUGUAAUUAAUGAUUUAAUAAUUAAUUUUCCAAAAUUAAUGCAUACGUCGAUAAUGUUUCUCAGGUUCUCAAUUAUCUGAUCAAUUUAUAACAGUUUCUGUUCUGAUUCAUUUUUUAUUUAUUCAUUCAUUUAUCAAUUUAUUUAUUUAUGCGUCAAUUUAUUAAAUAAUAAACAAAGUAAAAUGAAAUUUCAACCAGAGGAAUGUACAGCAAGCACGAGGAACCCCCUCCCAACAUUGAUUGUUAAUAACUCAGUAAACAAUGGUCUCAGCCCAAAUAGAGAACGACAUUUUAGUUAAAAAUUCCGACUUCUAAAAGAUUACUUAAUCAAUACAGGAUAUCCUGUAUAAUUGUGUAAUAUAUUGUAUUGUAUACGAUCGUAAAAUAUAUCUUGCUUUAUUACAUCAAAAAAGUACCAAAAAGGCGAAAAAAGUUGUACAUUUACUUCUGGGAUUACUGCAAAUAUAUGUUAUUAGUAUUGUUCUUUAAAAGUUGUUUAUCGAUUGUUAUAUAUAUGAUUUGUAUAAUAAAUUUUUAUUAAAUGUCGA